AGCAGUAGGGAGGCAGUUAUAGCGGUGAAUAGGUCAUCUGCGGGUGAUCUGUGGUAGGUCGUAUCAAUAUGGCGUUAAUAUGGAGCGUAAUAAGUGUUUCAUGCUCUAUACUCGUGACACCGUUCUUAAUGUUUUUAUUAGCAAUAAUAUUUCUGGCUUCAAUCGGAAAAUCCUUAGGAGUUCGAAGAUUAUAUGUGAAAAUGUUGCUAAAAAUAUUUGAGUACGGUCGAGAAAACAUUGAGAUCGCGCAGAAGGACCGACACGCCAGCUGCGAAAACUCUGAAAAUGAGGAUGAAGAUUGCGACAAGGACGGACGGGGGGACUCGAGACGAAAUUGCUCUCGUAGUGUCACUAGUGACCGCAGAAUUCACAGUGACCACUUGCUUUACAAGGCAGACGGCAAGGUCAAGAACGGUGUCCUGGCGAACAAUUCGACAAGUGUGAUCAGCAGAGAAGACCUGAUCCUGGUGCCUGAUCCAGAGCAUAACUACUCACAUGCAAACAGUAACAUGACCUCUGAGGAUGACCACACAGCCGCCUCACACAAUUUUCCCAGGCGAAGAUCUUUUGAGACGUUGAGAAGUGACUUUGAACUGUCGGAUUGCCUCGAUUUCGUCAAGGUUGGAGUAGAAGCGAUAAUUGAAGAUCAGGUCACUCUUCGGUUUGAAACUGAAGAACUUAAGUCAUGGAAUCUGCUGACAAGAACAAACCGCCACUACGAAUUCAUCAGUUGGCGACUGAGCUUCAUUUGGAUGGUGGGUUUUUUCAUGCGGUAUUGUUUUCUCUUACCGCUGCGGGUCUUAAUCUGCUUUAUUGGCACUGUAUGGAUUGUCAUGGCUAUGUUGCUUGUCGGUCUGGUUCCUGAAGGGCGUUUCAAACACUGGCUCCACAGGCGAGCGUACCUCAUAACAUUUCGAAUUUUGGCACGGUCGCUAUCGGCCAUCAUCACCGUGCACGAUAAGCAGUACGUGCCUUCAGGCGGGGUGUGUGUCGCGAACCACACGUCGCCUAUCGACAUUAUAAUGCUGUCCACAGAGAACUGCUACUCCCUGGUGAUGUGGCUCACAAUUUGUACUGGGAUUGUUGGCUAUGUUCCUGAGGGCAAGUUCAAACGCUGGCUUAAUUACCAUGUAUCAAUCAUGUGUUUUGGCGUCUUGUCCAGUGCCCUAUCUGCUGUUAUCACGUACCAUAAUCCAGAGAACCGGCCUAAAUGUGGCAUCUGUGUAGCGAACCAUACGUCACCCAUAGAUGUCCUUGUGCUUGCGUGUGACAACUGCUAUGCUCUGAUUGGCCAGCGGCAUGGUGGGUUUCUUGGUGUCCUGCAGAGGGCACUGGCAAGAGCAUCCCCACACAUCUGGUUUGAAAGGUCUGAAGUUAAAGACCGGGAGGCAGUAGCAAAGAAACUGCGACAACACGUGUCUGACCCGAGAAACCCGCCGAUUCUGAUCUUUCCUGAAGGCACUUGUAUCAACAACACGUCUGUAAUGCAGUUCAAGAAAGGCAGCUUUGAAGUGGGCAGUGUUAUUUAUCCAGUGGCAAUCAAGUAUGACCCUAAGUUCGGCGACGCCUUCUGGAACAGCAGUCGAUACUCUAUGAUGCAGUACCUAUAUCUGAUGAUGACAAGCUGGGCCAUCGUUUGCGACGUCUGGUACUUGCCACCGAUGUACCAGCAGGAAGGAGAGACCGCAAUUGACUUUGCCAACCGAGUUAAAAGUGUGAUAGCUCGCCAGGGAGGCCUCGUGGACCUCAUGUGGGACGGGCAGUUAAAACGCAUGAAGGCAAAACCGGAAUGGAAGGAAAAGCAACAAGAAGAAUUCAGCAAACGGCUUAAAGUAGACGCAAGGAAGCAAGAGUGAAGGAGGAAAGAAGUAUCGAACUGUCCUUUUGUGACCCUCGUUUCCUCCUAGUCAUUCCGAUGAAAUUGGUUUUGGUUUGUUGCGACAAACUUUGCGAGGCCUGUAACUCGCCUGCAGAAUAAUAAUUACUUUUAAGGAAAUCAUGGCCACUGUGGGGUACAUCACAAAGGAUUAGGCAUUAGUAUUACCCCAAGAAAGGAAAAAUGUGUGUGUACAUAUUAAAAAAAAGGUUGGUUUAUAUUUUUGGUAUUGAACUUUUGCACAAGUGAGUUAAGUAAGAAGAAGAAGCCCUUUUUGACAUUUCUGUUGGAAAUAUUAUUGUACGUUGCGUUUAAAAAGAAUUUGGGAAUUAGUAAUACAGAGUCCGUGCAAUUCAUUAGUUUACAUGAAAACUCCAUUCUAAGUCUCAUCAGAGCAUAAAAUACGAUUUGCUUCAUUACGUUAAUAUACAUCUAGUGUACUAUCCUUACGGGGCAACGCACCUGUCGUGUCGCCAGGAGAUGCCACGUUGCAUUAGUGCGUAAAACGAACAUACCAAAGACCGCUGGAAUUUUAAUGGGAGGUGGGCGUUUCACAUAAAGUAACUAAUUUUUCUGAACUGCCAUUUAUUUCCUAUCACAUUUUGUGAGAUGGGGUAUGAACAUCGAAUCCAUGACAGGAAGAACACAAACAUUCCAAAACUCCUCUACACAGUAGAACUGAAAUGCAUCACGGAGUAUGUGUGUCGGUAUGCUUGAAUGUGUGUUAGAAUGCAGUUUGAAUCGUCUUGUGUGUGAAAUAAUGUCAAUACUCUGUGAUAAAAAGUGUGUGGUUAAGUAGUACAAGCCUCCACUGAAUGUAGAAAACAGACGACCCAUUGGCUUAUUCUUUUGAAUAACUACUAUAAUUUAAUUUAUAGUACUUAAGAGGAAACAUAAAUCGUUUUUAGUUUAAAAAGACAUAUGUCUUCUUAUGGAAGUCAGGCACAGCAUGUCGAAUGUUUCUUCGUAGGACCAAAAAUAACCGAGAAUCCUGGAUGCGUCUGUGUAAGCCAGUGGGUUCACGAUAGGAUAGUGCCGCAGCAUAACUGAAGCGCGACAGAUCUGCUGUUUACUGUUUAUAAGUCUUUUUAUUUAUUGCCUUAUUCAUACUGGUAAAAUUUAGGGAACUAAAACUGUACAAUUUUGAAUGUGCGCGCACGCACAUGUGUGUACCGAGGACGAAACCUCACAGGAAAUAAUGAAGACUCUGGGUUUCAUAAUGCAAAUUACACAUAUUUAAAUUAUUAAAUAUGGUAGCUAAACACUAUCAGUUAUUUGUACACGUUAAAAUAUAUUUGGAAAUGUGUUUCUCGCACUAAGUGUAUAUUUAGGUAGGCCUCGUCUACGUGUAAUAUAGUGUUGUGUGAAUACUUAAUGUAAUAUGUCCUUAUUGUUAUGGCCCAGUUUUGAUGUGCCUUUGUUGUGAAUUAUGAACAUAAAUGAUAUUAAAAUUGAAAGUGAAAUAUACAGAUGGUUGUGAAAUUGUCUACUGUAAUGGGGCUAUGGAAAUAAGGCCAUUCGUCAGCAUUUGGUAGGAUAUUACAGCAACCUAUUUUACAUAAACAGAAAGAAAGUGACACGUAAAUUUUAUUAGUCGAGUUCAGUCAGUUUAAAAGUUCUGAUAUAAUCGCGUUUGAGGUCUUUGCAAAUACUCCAAAUGUUGCCUGCUCCAUAAUAUCUGAAGACUGAAUUAAUAUGCAUAAUUGUCGUGAUAAAGAUGUAUCUCCUUUCUACCUUUAUAAUCACAGUGAUAAUAAAAGGCUCCCGGUAAA